AUGGUAGCGGAGGAUACCGCACAGACACGAGGAGUGGGUACCAUCUCCACUCUACUCAGCAACGAGGGGAUGUUGCUUCCUCGAGAUUUUAUUCGCAAAACCCUUUCAACAUAUGCCCCAGAUGGAUUAUCUCAUCGAUUCCCCGGUGCAAAUCGAGUUCGAAGGUCAGCUCUUGUUGCAAUUGGUCCUAAUCACCAACAUCAUGCCGAUGGCCACGAAAAACUGAACGCGCAGGCCUUGGGUAUGGGUGGAGUUGGUCUUAAUAUCUACGGUAUAAAGGAUCAGUGGAGUUCCUUUCUCCUUCAUCUUGUCGUUCUUCCCAACAAUCGGCUUGCCUCCACUAUUGGACAUGUCUAUCUGGACUGUGUAAAGAAAUACGGGGCGGUUUGUAUUACUUUCAUCGUGGAUAAAGGCUCAGAGACUGGCUACAUUUAUGCCCAUCAAACUGGGCUCAGGGAGACCUAUGCUCCUGAUAUCGACAGCGACCAGUUUCCUCCAGCCCAACAUGUCCGAAGUGUUCAUAACACGCCGAUCGAGGGGUUAUGGCAUUGGUUUGUCACCUUGUUUGGCAUUGACAUCAAGGAAGUCAUCCAACAAGGGAAAGUCACUGGCAUAUAUAAUCCUGGCAAUCCUAUUCACCCACAGCUAUUUAACUGGAUCUGGCCGCAAAUUCUUCAACAUCAGCUCGACAAGUUUGUUGAAUAUUGGAACAAUCACAAAAUACGGUACCAGAGCACAAACACAUAUGACAGUGACCCUAGCCCUUACCUAAUGGACUAA